CUCCAACACCACCACCACAAAAACCCAAACAUGCCAAUCAUACAAUGACCCAACCGCCACCCCCGACAAACCUGCCAAACCCAACGACCCCAAAAAUGCGCUCCCAACUAUCCCCCACCCUCCUAACAACCCUCUUCACCUCCCUCACCCGUCCCACCACAAAAUGGACCCUCCACCGCACCCUCAAAAGCGACAACCCCCUCGACAUAAACGGCGACCUCCACGGCACAGCAACCUUCACGCCCCUCCCCACCUCUAAACCAAAUACAAACCCAAGCACCAAUGCACAAAACCCACCAUCACCAACAAAGGACCUCCUCUACCACGAAGAAGGCGAAAUGCCCGCCCCACCAGGUCUCCGCGCGAACCUCGGCGUCGGGGUAGGCCUGCGCUUCACGAAGAAAUAUAUCUGGCGGUUAAGCGAGGCAGGGACUAUCAGUGUUUGGUUUGCGAAGGUGGGGGGCGGCGAGGAUGAGCCGGAUUAUUUAUUCCAUGAGUUUGAGUUCCGUGAGGAGGGUCAGAGUCAGGGUGAGGGUGAUAAGGAGGGGGAGACGUUUGUGGAUGCGCCGAUGCCUCCGUUGGUGGAUGGGGAGGAUACGGUGGUUUUUAGGGCGAGGGGGAAUCAUCUGUGUAUUAAUGAUAUGUAUCGCACUGCUUAUGCUUUUCGGGUGAGGGGAGAGGAUGGGGAGGUGGUUAGUUGGGCUAGUCGGCAUGUUGUGAAGGGGCCGAAGAAGGAUCAGGAUAUUGUUAAUUUUUAUCGGGUGGGUUGAGGGGAUGUUUGGGAUAGAGGGUAGAUUUGUGGGCGGCCUCUGCGGUUGCGGGUUGAGGGUAGGGUUCAUGUGGAUACUAGACUGCCGCAUGUAAAUAAUAUACGUUGUGAUAAGAGUAGUAGGGACUCGAAGUAUUGGUAUGCUUUGUUUUCAUUUCUAAUUGCUAACUUUUUACAGACUAU